AUGCUGUACUUGGCUCUCAUAGCGACCCACGCCUAUGUCUUGGGUGCUGCCGCCGAGGCCGCCCUGUUUGAUAACGCCUUGUUCUCUCAUGUAGCCUCACUAGAGCUUUAUCUCCUGCAUGGCGCUUCUGGGGAUGCUCAGCACCUUGCAUGGACAGCUCAGGAUGCAGCCGCCAUGCGCCGAAAGCAAUAG